UUUAACAGUCGCAGCUCACGGACCUGUUCACACCGAAUCGUAAUUUCUAGAAAACGAAUGCAUGGAGAUUAAACGUGGUUACAAAAUGUCUGUGCUAAUCGAGAUUCAUUCAAGAGCAUCCGUCUUACUAAGUAACUAAAACAAACAUUUCAAAAUGGUGAAUGGCAACUACGUAUUGUAUGGGGAUAAGCCGUCCUCGGAGUCGGAAAUCGUGGAUGACCACGUGCAUAAACGCACCGUCGACAGAAAAACUAAGCGAAGAUCGAGAACAGCUAAUGAACUCCAACGCUCCCUUAAUGUGAGGCAACUAGACAAUGAAACGGAUUCCGUCAAAUACGAAAAGAAGAUAAACGAACCAAGACUUUUACGGUACGUACCGACAACUGAUGUAGAAGAAAAUUAUGUGACAGAAAAAUUCGAAACCUAUGAUUUGAAGCCGACCGAAGAACGACCAAGGAAAUACGCAUUUACUAAGAAACCUAAGAACCCAACGGAUGGCUCUAUUAAUUACGCGUAUUCGAGGUCAAGCAGUAGUUGCAGUUCUCCAAACGGAAAUUUACCGACCAUAUCGGAGCACGGAGAACAGUACGGGAAUUAUCGAGUUCAUUCUUUUUCGGGUGCCGUGAUUGAUGAUGUCGUCACCGGUUACGAGACGAAACUUGAUAAAUACUUCUCCAAGCCGCGGGAAGUCAAGACAUUUGCUGCUAAGGGAUCUCACCCAGACAGCCUGUACAGAGUUCCAGUUGACAGUGGAGUCGCACGUACUAAGAUGACAAGAGUGGUACGAGUUAUCCGAUGGCCCGCUGCCCUUGUAGCCGUAUGCGUCGCCUUAGCAGUCUUCGUGUACUUCCUUAUGCCUGAUACGAUCGACAUUGAUGUAGACUCUGUUAAUGGAACUACUUGGGAAGCUGCGAGAGCACACAAUAAUGUAUUACCUCACAAAUUUGAAGAGAGUAAAGUCAAGAAGAAUGACAAUGAUCGUGCUCAAACACAGGGAACGAAACCAUCCGAAAUAGACUUUUACGAUGCUGAUAAUGACAAGAGUUACGAUAUUACCGCUAUAAUUGAUACAAUUACGGAAACGGAUCCUAAAAGGGUGCUGCCGGUUGCACCAAUAUUCCCGAGUCAUAUCACUCCAGAGGUGCAAUACGGGAAUGAAAGGGUUGAUAAAGAUAAAUUGAGAACGCCGAAAGUAAUUAACGAAACGAACACAUUUCCCGAAGACUCAACACUCAAACCACAUAUCACUCAAAAACCUGAAAAACCCUUAGAAGUAUACUUUAGGGACGUCACCGCAAUCCCUACAACCACGGAAUCUAUCUUCAGAGCUGAAACGGUUAACGAUUUUACGAAUUACGAAGAGAAACAAACCACGAAAAAGAUCGAAGAAGCGUCUUCGAAACAUCGCCCAUCACUUUACAAACAAAACUUCGUUCAACUUCCAAACGGAGUACAAGAUGUCGAAGCGUCAUCCGAGAUACCUCUCGAAGUGCAAGAAUACUACGGCGAGCAACCGGUGAAAUCUAAUGUUAACUUUACGUCUGGUCACUCGAAAUUGUUCGGCAUUUCUAUGGAAGAUGCGGAAAAAAUUAAAUCUACCACGCAAAGUUCAGUGUACAACACUAGGGUCUCACCCACGCUUCCGACUUGGCGGGAUGGUGACGACGCUACUACCAAAAAAUAUCCAACUAACAUUAAUUACGAAGUGCCGCAGUGUCAUUCGACCCACAUACCUCUGUGCCGUGGAGUGCUGCCCUACGACUUAGCAGGAAACGCAGCUUCAGUCGGUGGAAUAGAGAUCACGGCCUUACUACCGCAGAUAGAAUACUUGGUGGCCACUAACUGCAGCGACCGUGUGAAGCACUUUGUCUGCGCUCUACUCGAACCUGAAUGCAACCCGCCUCCGUAUCCACCGAAAUUGCCAUGCUUUAAUCUUUGCAAAGCUAUCGUUGACAACUGUGACGGGCUGAUCCCCCGAGACCUAUCCCCGGCGUUCAAUUGUCAGCAAUAUUUCAAGAACAACUGUAUAGCAGCCAAGACGCCGUGCUACCCGAGAGAGAUGACCUGCGGCGACGGAUCCUGCAUCCCGAGGGACUGGAUCUGCGACGGGACCCGGGACUGCCUCAGCGGAGAAGACGAGGCGACUUGCGUCCAAUGCGACACCCGCGAGUUCCGGUGUCCGUCCGGGGGAUGUAUACAGAAGCGUUGGCUCUGCGACGGGUACGCGGACUGCUCUAACGGGGAAGACGAGGACGUCGAGGUGUGCGGCAGCCCCGUGGUGGCGGGCGAGGAGCCGGCCGGGUCCGCGCCCGCACCCGCCGUGCGCAGACCGAACAGAAUGCAGAAUUCACACGGACGACAAUACUCACACAAUACAGGUGAGAAUGAAAGCAGCAAAGAGCUCUUGGUCACAAGCGACAGCAGCAACUCCCUCAAACGGAAUUUCACACGAAGACCCUCGCUGUCCCGACUGACGCCCUACAACCGAAAUAUGCCGCAUACAAUCCAAACCAGACAUAACAAUACACAAACAACCACAGCUCCCGUCACCAAACACUCCUCGCAAGACAACGAGAGAACAACACAGAACGCUGACGAUGGAGAUUCCGAGGAAGACGUGAAUGUCGGAGACCUCGGAUUCUUCGAAGACCUGAAGAAAGAACCUAAAGAACAGCCCGCUAAGCGGGUGAUUGCGAAAUCGCAGAUGACCAAACCGAAGUCGUCUAUAGAAAAAGACGCGGGAGGCGGCGCCCCGGCCCCCACGCGACUCGAUCAGUCCAUCAGCAAACUGGAGAGGGUUAUCAAUGGAGCGGCUCUACUAAAGAAAGCGGAAGCCGAAUCGAAAUCGGAAAAGGCGGAAGAGUUAGAAGAAUCGCCUGAAAUGAAUAAGGGCGGGACGAGGAGUGACGAUCUGCCGACCGGACCGCGGGGAGGGUCGACCAGCGCGCAUGUGUCGCCCUGUCCCACCGGGGAGUUACGCUGCGUGGACGGGCGCUGCAUCACGCUGGCCCAACUCUGCGACGGCACCAUCGACUGCUCCGACCACGCAGACGAAGACAACUGCUUCACGUGAUCGUGAAGCCGCACCUCCGAAGGACUAUCCAGACAGCCCACGUGUACGUCUUUACAAACUAAACAAUUCAUUCCUUAAAUCCAAUGUAUUUAGGCAACUUAAAUGAGGUCUAGUGUAUCUUUUAACACGCACACGAUAUAAUGGUCGUGAUGUCGAGAUUUAUAUCUUGAAUCAAAUCUAUGGCAGGUUUCUUUUGUGAAGGAACUUUUGUAAGUGUUUGUUUCUCCAAUUAGAGCUCCCAUAGAGUUAUCGUAUUCUAGUGAAAAAUAAACCUGUAGUUUUGUAAUUUGUAUGAUCAAGAUAUUUUCGUAUUAUUCGGGAAAAUUCCUAUGUUUUUUUGAGAUUUUUUGGAAAUUACACAGACCAAAUCAUGAGAUUGAUUCGAAUAAUCAAAUCACGGAACGUAUCUAAUUGUCGUGAAGCUUUCUAGAGUUUUGGUUUGAAAGAUAGUACCAAUUUACGGCUUUGGUCUCGUAUCUCAGCAUGUAUGGUAGCACCUAAGUUGGAUAUCAUCUGUGAGCUCUGGUAACCCAGUUGACUCGACUUGAGCCAUGAAUUUCGUCGGUCAAACUUAAAAAGUGUAAGUUGUCAUGCUUUUUAAUGUUGUCGAUGUAGAUGCGUGACCCAUCAUUAAAUAAGAAGUUCGCCGCUCGUGGACACCGAAAAUGCUAUGGAUACAUUAAAAGCGCUAGGGCUUAAUCUUAGGUUUUUAACGAUCUCGAAGGCAAACGAGCUUACGGACCACUUCUUGGUGAGCUUAUAACAUCCAUGGACAUCAAAACACAGCGAAAUGGCACCUGCCGCCAUCGCAAGUUACAACGUUAUCAUUAUAUAAAUAGUGAUAAGGCUUUUGUGUGUUUGCAUUGUCAGUUACGUGAAAACACGAGAGAAAGAGACAAAAAACUUUGCAUCGUGUUACUUAUGGAAAGGGCGAUGCUUUAUACUACCAAAAGUCGAUGCUUCUAUAGAUUUUAAUCUUGAUAUCGGAAGCUUUUCUUCCGGAGCUAUAAGCUUUUAUACGAAGCAUCUUCGCGUCACUAUCGAUUUAAGCCUGUUUCGAUAAGGUGCUUAUUUUUGACUCUUUGAACUCUUUUUACUCUUUGAAAUUCCGUCCAUAAAUAUUAUUAAUUUUAGAUGUAAGAAAGUAAUCGUUUAUUUCAUUUUUAAUAGAAUCUCUUGAAUGCUUUGAAUACGCAUUUGUAAAUAGAAAUAUUAUUGUAUUCCAAACGUAAGCUUUUACGUAAUAUAAUGCAAAUUAAUGUAAAAGUAAAGCUAUUGAAUUUACUAGGUAUUAAAAUAUAAUGUUAAAUAAAUAUAGUCGUAAUGGUUUUUACAUGUAACAUUAACUGCUGAUCUUUUAGUCAUCAUACAAUUGAGAAUUUUAAAAUUUCAAAUAUUUAAUUUCAAAGUUUAAUAAUCGUAACUUAAAUUGUAUUUUUGUUGGAAAAUAAACAAAUCUACAUUUUUGUAUUAAUCGUGCAGCUAUUUUGAUAAUAUAUUAUUAACUUAACUAAUAAACCUUGGAACUUUCCUCGCUACGUGUAAACGAAACUCUAUUUCUAUCGUGUUUAGGUUGUGUAUUAUUAAACAUGUUUAAGUUUUUACUUGAUAGCUAUUAUAAUGAUAUUAUAGAUUUCCAAAGUAAAUGUCAUAAUAUUAGUUUUAAUUGAAUUCGUUUGUAAGAUUAUUAACAAAAUGUACUUAAUGCAAAAAUGGAAACUUCUAGAAUUACGUCCACUAUAUCAGUUUAGUUAUAAAUCAACUUCGGUAAGUCGGUAUCCACUGCCAACGUAUUAUUAUUAUCACGUAGUACUUAAGGUAUUGUUUUUAUAAUGAGAAUUUUAUUGUAAUUUAUACUUUUAUACUUCAAUAAAUUUAAU